GAGGUUUCCCUCCCGUCUUUUUCCUGCUCUUUCCCUCCCUCCUUUUCCCCCAGCUCGCCUCCCCUUUCCCGGCGUGGGCCGGCCCGGCGUAGCGGCGGGGGGAGCCGUCUGCGAAAAGUUGGAAGGCGAGUCGCCGGCGCAAGGGGGAAAUACUUGGAGGCGAGUUGCCGUCCCCGGGGGAAGUUUUAGGAGGGAUAUUUGCCGGUUGGGGGAAGGUUUAGAGGCGGGAGAGCCCGCGGCCCCGGCCUCCCCGCGGCGUCCGGGAGGACCGAGGGAUGGCCGGCGGGGAGGGAGCGGGCUCCGGCGCGGCGGAGUGCAGGGAGCAUCUCUUCAAGGUGCUGGUGAUCGGGGAGCUGGGGGUAGGGAAAACCAGCAUCAUCAAGCGGUACGUCCACCAGCUCUUCUCACAGCACUACCGGGCCACCAUCGGGGUGGAUUUCGCCCUCAAAGUCAUCAACUGGGACAGCAAGACCCUGGUGCGGCUGCAGCUCUGGGAUAUAGCAGGCCAGGAGCGCUUUGGAAAUAUGACCAGAGUGUACUACAAAGAGGCAGUUGGUGCUUUUGUGGUCUUCGAUGUCACAAGAGGCUCCACUUUCGAGGCUGUUUCAAAAUGGAAGCAUGAUUUGGACAGUAAAGUACUGCUUCCCAAUGGCAGCCCCAUCCCUGCUGUUCUUCUUGCAAACAAGUGCGACCAGAAGAAAGAUGGCAACCAGAAUCCCUCUCAAAUGGACCAGUUCUGCAGAGAAGGUGGCUUUGUUGGAUGGUUUGAAACUUCUGCCAAGGACAACAUCAACAUAGACGAAGCUGCUCGAUUCUUGGUGGAAAACAUCCUUGCCAACUACAAAAGCUUUCCUAAUGAAGAGAAUGAUGUGGGGAAACCAAAACUGGACCUAGACCCGUUGAAAGCAGAGAGUAAAUCACAGUGCUGCUAAUGCUACCACUGUUCACUAAAUGUGAUGGGAUGAGCAGCAAGACUGUUCCUUAAAUCAAACUGCUGCUAUGGUGCUGCAUUGUGACAAUCCAUAUGGGGUGUCUGGUAUUAUCUGCAUAGGUGAUUCUUGUGGGUGUUUACAUAUUCUUGUUUAGCAUGAAACUGAGUAUCUUGUAAGUUAUCACUCCACUUGCUUGAGUGGCUGCAUCUAAAUCUCAUUAGUGUCUUACUUGAGAACAUAAGGUAGUGUUUACACUCCUAAAAAGGAACAAAGACAACAUGCAGUGUCUAGUUUGCUUCUAGGACGUAUGCUAUAUUCCAAAUAGGAUUCACUCAUCAUGGUUUUAGCUGAAUAGACACUUGCACCUUUAAAGUGAACUUUGUCACCAGAAGUGUCCUACUUUAGCCUCCUUACCUACACAAUUGUCCCUAUUUAUUGUCCCCCACCAUAAGGAUCUGUCUCAUUGCUGGUUCUCCUGGACCAUGACAUCCCAGAAAUCUUGAAGUGGACAAUGGCAGAUGACAGGUAUCUUUCUUAGUGUGUUCACUAGGACUGAGUGAAGCAGAUGGCUUUUGGCAGUGAGUAAGAACAAGAUGGGUAAAUGAUUGUAUUUAACAGGGAAGAAAAGCAUGGUUAUAGAGAUAUUAACAAAAACGUGUCGCCAGCCAUUUAAGGCAGAAUAUUUUCAGCUAAUACUUUACAUAUGAAACACAUUAAUAAAUAUAGUUGUACUCUUGGCACAUGGUUAUGGUAACCUCACCCAUAUGCACCUCCGGAAACUUUUUCAUGCACUAGCACUGAAAACUUUACCAAGAGUGCAAAAAGUAACUCUCUUUCUGUACUGUGCUAAUGAACUUGCUUCUUUUUCCUUCUGUCCUGAGAUGGUUCUGAAUACCAUUAGGAGGAGGGAGGUCUUGAAGGAAAUGCCUUAACUGGUUCUUGCUAGCCUAUCCAAAAAAAAAAGACACAAAAGCCCCCCAAAACCCAAACCACAACCCAAAACCAAACACCCAAGCUCAAUCCUUUUCAAUUUUAGAACAGUGCUGCACUUUUCUGACUACUCAGAGCUGGUGAACUGGCUCACCAGUUUGUAACCCUAUAUACUGAGAUGCUUAUGUUUCCUUGUUAUAACUCGUAUAUUUCUGGCAGCAAAUGAAGAUCAAAAGGAUUAGAGUUUUCAUGGUUCUUGAACACUUUCUGGAACUCUGGCUCUGCUUGGCUGAAAGGCUUUGAAGCUCCUUUUUGUUUUUAAGGGUUUCUUCUGUCCUGGUACCUCAUUGCUACUGAUUUCUGAAGUCUUAUCUUGCUUGGUCUGAUGGUGCUGAUGUUUACUUAAACAUCAUCAUGAAGAAUGUGCCAGAUCGAAUAUACUUUAAUCUGUAUUGAGAUUUUCUAGGCUGUCUUUUUUUUUUUUUUCUAAAGAGUAACGUACUUUUUAUGAAGCAAAUAAAUAUAUUUGGGCAUCUUAUGUAUGUUGUUGGUGUAUGCUUUUGAGGACAUGAAUCUUCACAUCAUGUCUCCCACCCCGUAUGCAAACACUUUCAUUGACAUUUGAAAAUAACUUCAGAUUCUAGCUGCUGCUAAGUUAAAGGCUUAUUUUGAAUUGCUACAAUAAGGCUUGGCAUAAGCUAAAACUGGGUAUAAUUAGCUUAAGGUCAUAAGAGUACUUUCAGCUGAAUUAUCUUAGGAAGUGGAAGGCAACAUCCUUCUCCAAGCAAUGUCAUACCAGGGUGCUUAGGUUUUCAUGUGGUCAGGUUUUAAACUUUGAACAACGGAGACUUUAUGGCCUGGGAAAGUUGUUUCAAUGCCUGACUGUCCCCUGAGACUUUAUCUACUCUUAACCUUUCUUCAACUCAUGUCUAUGGUCUUUCAUCUUCCUACCAUGCACCACUGUAAAAAAUGUGUCCACUAGGCUUCUGCAGAGUUAUUGGACACUUAAUUUUUAAAGUAACAAUAAAACUUUAUUUUGAAAGCCUGUAGCACUUUCAGAAAGGCAGUUGCAACCCAUCUGUGUUCCUUGCUUGGUGGCUUGAGUUGUUAACCAUUCCAGCUAACCUGGAACUAUCAUAAUCUUCCUAGUCAGUUAUUUGCAAACAAACUCCAUUUAGACUGUAAACUCACUUUUAAUAAGCUGUUUAAUCUCCAGUGUAUUGUCUUGUUAUGAACUUUUAAUUGUAAUGUGGAACGUGCAUAGCCUCUUUAUUUGAUGCUUCUUGACUAGAUCAAAAAUAUAAGUCUUGAUGACCAGUCAAACGAGAUGCAAUUUCAUGUUCACUUGGCUUCAACUGUAAGUUUACUAAGCCUGUGCACUAUAACGUGAGAUUUGUUGCUAAUAAGCCAAAAAAAGGCCAAUUCUUGAGUUUGCCUAGUAUGGCAUAGAAGGUUGGUCUACAUUCAAAUGCUAGUUCCUUAAAUACUUUACUGGGGAAACUGCCAGUGGAGGUAGACUUUUUUUUUUCUUUCCAAACAGCUAUCGUCCUUUUUCUUGAUUUUAGUUUUCAGAUUCAACAGCAAAAUGAAAACCAAACUCUGAAGCUUUGGAACUCUACCUGAAUGUGUGAAUCUCAUCUGGGUCCUGUCAGUGACAAUGAAAUCCUAUGCAGAUUAGUUUCAAGAAUGUCUAAAUUUCUGCUUGAAGAGGUGUUGCUGCUAUGUUUAAGCACUUUCAUUGUUCUGUAUGUAGCUUGUGUUCCUCUAAAUCUGUACAUUAAUGUAGAAUGGCUGUGACUGUUAACUGUGGUGGAAUAUACUAGUUUUGAUACAGGUUGUCACUGACUGGAGAAGCUGAGGCAGAGUGAGGCUCAGGAACUAUCAUCUACAAAAAUAAAAACAAAGUUUUAAUGGGACUAUGCAUAUUGUAUUACCAAGGAGAUUCUGGUAUUUCUGAAGCUGUAGUAGUAUUAAAAGCAAUUUGACUUCUACCUGCA